GGCACCAAAAUCCCCCCCACCAGCAGCUCUAUAAAGCUCCUCUUUCCACACCUGACACUCAGGCAACAGCAGACGCUGACCUGUGUUUGGCAUUGGUGCAACAGCCCCCUUGUCCAGCACAGCACUGCUCCCAGCUCCCAGGAUGGAAGCUUGUCACUCUCCAGAGCAAUUCAAUGUCACUUCAUAUGCUGCCACGGCUGUGGCUGUUGUCACCCUUGAGGCGUUUGCUGGCCUGUGGAUAAAUGCUUUCAUUGUUUCUGUGAUUUACAUAACUUGGGUCAAAAAGAAAACCUUGAACUCUAAUGAGAAGAUCUUGAUGGCUUUGGGAUGCUCCAGGUUUUGGUUUUUGUGCAUCUCAUGGGUAAAUUCCCUCCUUUCAGUGUUUUAUCCCAAACACCUUCAUGUUCACCCCACACUUCAACUAAUUUUAUCUCUUUAUACCUUUCUUAAUUAUUUCAGCUUGUGGGUUUCAGCAUGUCUUUGUGUUUUUUAUUGCAUAAAAAUUGCCAAUUUCAGGAACAACUUCUUCAUCUACCUGAAAGUAAAAAUUGACAGGAUGGUGCCCUGCCUCCUGUUCGGGUCUGUGCUUUUAGCCUUGGCUAUCAGUGUCCUUGCCUAUGAUGUCACUGAAAAACUGCACAGUAAGGACCGCAAUUUCACCUGUCCAGGAAAUUUUUGGGAAGCAAGUAUCAAAAUGGAGAAACAUUUGUUCCAUAUUUCUUUCAUCACUGGCUUCGGAUAUACUGCUUCGUUCCUGGCAGUCAUCACCUCUGCCCUUCUCCUUCUCUUUUCCCUCUGGAGACACAAACGCAACAUGCAGACAAACUCCAUGAAGGACCUCAGCAUGGAUGCCCACAUCAAAGCCAUGAAAUCCAUUCUCACCUUCUUCAUAAUGUACAGCAUCAACUUUAUAUGUCUGAUCUUGACAAUAAUUUAUUCAGCUAAGAAUGAAAAUGCCAUGAUGUUUCUUGUAUUCAUGUAUCUGUAUGCCUUUCCGGGUGUUCAUUCCCUUGUUCUGAUCUUCAGCAAUCCCAAACUGGAAAACACACUGCUAAGGAUUCUGCCUUGUAUGAAGCUUUGCAUGAGGUAG